AUGCCGCGCGCGCCGAGCAACGGGCGUUCCUCGGAGAAGGCCCCAUCCCGCCGCCGGACCAGCGCCAGGCGAGCCGGCGGGAGUGGGGGCCAGCGGGCGCCCACUGAGUCGAGCGACGAUGAAAUCUAUUUGCGCAAGCGCACCCGACGGCUGAUCUUGUCGCCUGACACGACCUCGAGCUCGGGCGCAUCCACGCCGAAGACGACCCCGCAGACGACCCCGCAGAAGCCGACAGCAAACGGAACAGCAAACGGAAUAGCGGACGGCGUAGCGAACGGCGUCUCGCCUGCAGGACAGAACGGUGGACCAUCAGCGACGACUCAAGGCAGCGACAACAGUCCCGGCCGAAUAGCGACACCAGCAACACCCGCCAAGGGGAACCGACCAUCGCUACGGACACUCGCCGACCUCGGACUCGAGGAUCGCGAAGCUCCGCCAUGCCCGAACUACUCGGGCUACUCGACGCUGUGUCUCAAGGACGGGCAGAUCGAGUGGGAAAGGGCGUACAGCCUGUCGCCGCAGCACCGCCCAUUCAUUGAGCGCAUGGUGUCGUGGUUCAACAGCGAAGACAUGACGCGUGACGGGAUCAGCCAGGUGAUGCGCAACGACCCAGAUUACCGGGAACUGUUCCGCAGAUACCGGGGACUGCUUGGGGUCCGCAUCGGCCUGCUGAGACAGGAAUUCCUGCCCGAUGCCGAGGGAUACGAGAUCGUGCAUGUUGGCCCUGCGAGCAACGGGGCGACGAUGACGAACGGGCCAUCGAGUUCGUCAGCACCAGCAGCCGCCCAGGCGACGCUCAGGAACGGGAGCCAAGGCGGUAACGCCUUCCUCGUUGCAUCCUCGUGA